UUUUUUAGUUAAAACUCUUGCAAAACCUCCUCACUUUGUUUCUUUACUUGAUUUAUUUCAUUCACUUAUUUUCAUUAUAUUUUUAUUAAUUAUUAAUAUUCAAAUGUGUAAAUCUUCGUCUUUACCUUUGGAAGAAAAUUUUUCGUCAAAUAAUUUUGAAGAGCCGACAACUUCAACAAAAAAUAAUAAAGAUUGUCUUAAAUGUGAUUUACGUUCUUCUUACUGCAAAAGAUGGACAAACGGACAAAUUACUUGUGAAUGUAGACAGGGAUUUCAACGUUCUUCAAAAACUUCUGAUCGUUGUGUUCAAUCACAGCUACCGGCUUCUCAUCACCAGUCAAGUAGAUAUGGGGGUUUUGCUAAACGUGUCGAGCCUUCACAUGCUGAGGAGCCUUCAUCUUUAUCUACAGAUGUUGGGGGUUUAAUGUUAAAUUAUGUUGAGAAUGAAAAUGAUCAACAAUGCGUUUUGGGGCAGGCUGAAAAACAUGCAACAAGAAUUUUGACUGAUCUACUCAAACGUUAUGACCGUAAUUUGGUGCCUUCAGUAAAAGGAGUUGACGUUAAAAUUGAAUUACUUAUUCAAAAAGUAACAGAAAUAAACGAAUUACUUUCCUCCUCAAAAAUGGAUAUAAUGCUUUCACAAAUAUGGCACGAUCCGGGAUUAAAUUUUGAGCAAGAAGAGGGUGCUCAAUGCCUUACAAAUUUGUCAUUAUCUCAUAGAAUGGUUGACAGUUUAUGGAUCCCAAAUGUUUGUAUUGUUAACUCGAAGGCUUCUUUCACUCAUUCAUCUCCGACACCAAAUAUAUUUUUAGCAAUAUUUCCCAAUGGAACAGUUUGGCUAAAUUACAGGAUAGCAGUUGAAUCUCCGUGUGAAUUUGAAUUUACAACGUUCCCGAUGGACAGAGUAGAAUGUACUACAAUAUUUGAAAGUUAUUCUUUUAAUGUGGGCAAGGUGAGACUUGAUUGGAGGCAAGGCGAAUCAUUUAUGUUCCUGUCGAAUGUCAGUUUGCCAGACUUUCAAUACGCCGGUCAUGUUACUGCAAGGGCUACAUUUGAAUAUCCUGCUGGCCUUUGGGAUCAAGUAAGUAUCAAAAUUUAUUACCGUCGCUCUUAUGGUUUUUACAUUCUUCAAAUUUAUCUGCCUACUUAUUGUAUGGUGCUAAUUUCUUGGAUUUCUUUCUGGUUAGACAGAAAAUCAUUACCGGCAAGGUUUUUAAAUUUUUUGAAAAUUUUUUGGGGAAAAAAGUUUUUUGUCUUUUUUUGGUGGGGGUUACAAGUUCGAAUCCGUUUGGAAUAUUUUUUAAUAAUAUUUGUUACGUUAUUCUUAGUUACCCUCGGCGUUUCUUCAAUUUUGGCUUUAACAAUGCAAUAUGCAAAUGUUGCUAGAAGUUUACCUAAAGUUAGUUAUAUUAAAGGAGUUGAUUUAUUUAUGAUGGGUUGUGUUGCUUAUAUAUUUUUGUCAAUUUGUGAAUUAGCUAUGGUUGGCAUUUUGGAAAAGGAAGCAAAUGCAGCAUCAAUGCAACAAUUUCAAGAUUUGGGAGGUGAUGGGGGAAGUAGAAGAAUGACUUUUGGUACUGGCUUUGCCCGUAAAGCAUUUCAAAGGACUUUUAAUGAUAAAACAACGCAUCGCCUUCGUCGAUUAGAUUCAACAAGUUCAGGUUCAACAGCUGUUGCAGCAGCUGUAGGUGUUUCCGCAGCAACCCCCGGUUCUUCUGAUUGGCAAAAACAUUUACGUAUAUCGCGUUCCGAUGAUAAUAGUGAAAUGGCUUCGAUGUUAAUGGGCGGUGGUGGAGGAGGGGGAGAUGGAGGUGGAGGAAUAAAAGAAGGAGGUACUACUAACAAUAAUAUUAAUAUCAAUCAACAACUUUUAAUGUUGCCACAAUAUAGAGGUUCUGUCGCGGGCAUUUUAAUUCCCAGACGUUCAUCAGACCAUCCAAUAACUUCAAAUAUUCAACAACAAAAUGAAGCAGCUGCAAUGGUUGCUAGGACAUGGAUGAAAAGAGCAAUGUCUUUAAAACGCCUAAGACAACAAAAUCAAAAAAUUGUAACGCCAAAAUUAUUUAGUAAAUGGACGGGAGAAGAUUUGGAUAGAUUUUGUCAAAAAUUCUUUCCAAUAACUUUUGGUUUAUUCAAUUUAAUUUAUUGGAUGGUAAGGGAAAAUUAA